GAAACACCGUUAUGAAGAAGAAGAAGCACUUCCGCCAAGCUGUUUCCAUGGUAACUAGACAUGGCGCCUGGAAGUCAACCGAUUCUGUCCUCCACUCCUCUUCAGGUCCUCUUCUACCUGAACUGUUGGUACUUUGCUGCCUUCUUCGUCGCAGAGAUCCUGAUGUUUAUCUAUAAAGGCGUGUUGCUGCCGUACCCGUCUGAUAAUCUGGUUCUGGAUCUGGUUCUGCUGCUGCUCUUCCUCGGACUGGAGAACCUCAGGAUCUUCUACGGUUGGAAGGGGAACCUGUGUGAGCGCUCUCUAUCUUCAGGUUUGUCUCUGUUCAUCUUGCUGCCGUGUGCUGCGCUGGCUGUUUAUUACCUGCUGCUGCAAACCUUCGUCCUGCGGCUGGAGUUCCUCCUCAGCGCCGUGCUGCUCUGCUUCUACGCUGCUGAGUUCCUGCUCGGACUCUUCUCACUGUCGGCGUUCUCCAGGUAAGACCAUAGACUGUAUAUAAGAAAUGGACGUCUCCCAUUGGUUUGUGGACUGCUGCUCGGAGGCCAAUAGUAUCGGAUCUGAGCAGCGCUAUCUUGAAAAUUUCAGGUGCAUGCUGGGAAAAAUAAAAACAUGGAUUCUACUUAUAUGGGCAUCAGGAGGAGCAUGAGGCGCCCUCCUGAACCUGUGAACCAAUCAACC